CUCGCCGUCAAUGUCAACUCUCAAAAUGCUAUUUCAUUAUAUGUGUUAAGAGCAACAGCUUGGAAGAAAUGUGGUGAGACUCAACAAGUGAAAACGGCUGGUUUUGGCUUUGGGUUUGCAAACCCUACUCCAACAGUGUUUACUGCUGUGAAUUCGAACCCUACACCAUUCGCACCUUCAGUGGAAUGUAAACUUUUUAUUGUCCCUCAUGAAAACUAUAUUUAUUGUUUGAAACAUUCCGAUAAAAAAAUGUACAGACUAGACUUAAAAUUAUCGGCUAACACGCUGAUAGAGAUCUGCUCUGUACCCAUUUCAAAUGUAAUUGAACACAUCGCAACAUUCGAGGACAAACUUCUUGUGUUUUGUGAUGAAACGAAAGAUGAUUCCCGUGAGACCGAGACGCAUUGCUUUGACGUCAAUUCACGUAUUUGGACGAGAUUAAAUAGCCUCGAAGGACCAGCCAAAAAUUUGAUCACAUUCCGACAUGAGGAGGUGACGUACGUCCUACAAACAACGGGAGACUUAUGGAGAAUGGUUUCAAAGGGAUCGGGACUGAUCGACUUCAAACUUGUGAAGAAGUUAUGGGACUUUCACUUCGACCUUCACGGGGCAAUAGCCUUCAAAGAUGAGCUCUAUCUUGUUGGAGAUGAGGAUUUGGCGAAAGAAAAGGGGGAAAACUGGCCACAACACCCGGAACUGUUUAAAAACAUUAAAGUUUUUGGUCACAGAGGUAACAUCUCCAAUUUUGAACCAUGCAUCCUUCCAAGGGCUGCUCUCGCGGAAAGCUCACCUGAUACGACAUGGGUCAAACUGGACAUCGGUGUACCCAAAUAAGCUCCGGUGUUGUUAGUGGAACAAAAGCCGGUCAUCUUGUUCUCUGUGUUUUGGAAAAUAAUAAUUGUCUGACUCGUGAUAUUUUUAUAACUAGCUGAUAUAACCGGC